UUAGAUGAGGCAAGAGCAAACGGAGAAUAUGCCUAAUUCAUGUGCUGCAUGGACUUAGAACUACUGUUUUACAGUUCAUUAUACACAGGUAAAACAGAAAUAAUACUUUUUCGCUGUUGUGACCUAAUUUUGGGCAUAAUACCAUGGAUUCUCGAGGUCGGGCCAUUUUAUUGCAUUAGUUGACGGGCAAAGCUGCCACAACCAAUAUGGCGGAAUUACUGACGUACCACAGCAACAGGCCAACCCGGUCAAUGCGGCAUCUAUGAAUGUUUGUCUAUAACACGGACACCUAUCGUGAAUUGUUAUCGUCUGGUAGUAUAGUCCUCAAACAACCGAAGAAUGGUGACUGUUUCGCGUGUUGUUAAUGAAAAAGUAAUCCGAUAGAAAGAAAAAAAAAACAUUGCUGUUAAGCCUUUUGAAUGGACAUUAAACUACCGUCGUAGGUAGCGCUCCCUCCAAACUCGGACUACUGCACUUAGCUAACCAUGUAGCUAACCUGUAGCUAACUGGAUUAUAGCAACACCUUGCGCUACUGAAGAAUGCAUUGGGAUAGCAAGCCAAGAGAGCAGUAAAGUUACCCAGGAUGCUUCACGGGCCAUAUCGGAGUCUGGACGGGGACCGCCCCCUUUUCCAGAUCCCAUACACCACCUUCACCAUCGGGACACUUGUGCUCCCUAUUUCCGGACUUGUUGUCUCCCUGUUUGUUGCUCUCAUAUACCACUUUGAAGAUGCCAUAUACACACACUGUCAUGUGUCCAAUUACCUCCCGUCCAUCAGUGCCGCCAUCAGCCGCGUGCCGGAGCGCUACAUCUGGCGCUGCUGCAUCGGUUUGCACUCGGCGCCCCGAUUGCUGAUGGCCGCCUCUUAUUUUAGCUUCUACCGCCGUCGCUUCGCCGAUAAGCUUCCGGAACUGGUUCUGAGCGGGAUGGCGUUGUUGUGCAGCCUCACUGAAAACUCCGCCUUACUCUUGCUCACAUUUGUGGCGUCCACAGAGGACUACAAUGUUCACAAAAACUGCUUCUUCGUGUUCAUCGUGAGCUCACUGCUGCACAUGCUCAUUACAUGCAGACUGUGGCAUGUUAUCAACAGGCACUAUGUCAGCCCAGAGGAGGGGAAGUCGUACAGGUGGAAACUGCGCCUGUUCCUGUUCAACCUGAGCAGCUGUGUGGCGGCUGCGUACUUCUUCAGACGCCACAACCAGCACUGCGAAGCCGGAGUCUACACGCUGUUUGCGUUCUGUGAGUACCUGGUGGUCUUCUCCAACAUAGUGUUCCACGGCACGGUGUACUGGGACUUUGGAAAUCAAACGGUCAUGGUGGCCACACCUCCUGAAGACAAACGAUACUGAAAGAACAAGUGCAGUCUAACACGCGUACACGACUUGUGAUCCCUUGAAAAUGAGAAGUGCAGCGCCAGAACGGUCUCUGAAGGGUGAAAAAGUCCUGAUAUUUUGCACAUUUGGCAACCAGAAACACUCAAGGUUCUUGUUUACAUGAACAUCCUCCACUGACAAGAACCACAAAAACUUCUAUAUUACAGAAUGUGAAAAUCAAGCAGUGAAUAAAUGUGUCACAAUAUGAAUUUAAGGUCCUAUGCUGACUCGUACAACAAAAAAAAAUAAUUUUAUGCCAGUUGGGGACGUCAUGCAUUACCGAGCAGCUCCACUUGUGGCCCCCAUUGGUGUUUUUCAUGAAUGAGCACGUGACAGCUCAUUGUCAUCAUGAGCAAGUUGAGAAAAAGCUUGGAGGAGAAUCGGCAAACAGGAAGAGGAAGCCACCUCCUGCCUCUCGAGGAGACGUUGCGAAGGAAAAGGCGACAUCCUCCAGUCUGAUCUGCUCCUAAAAGAUGUUUCCUCCCCAAAGCCUCAGCAGGAAAUGAUUCAUUCUGUCAGCGUUUACACCGUCUUUGGACAAUCGUAGACAGUGUCAGACAUUUUAAUGUCAUUUUCAUCUAAAACAGGGGUUUCAAACUCAAUUUCAAAAUCAAAAAGAAAGCAUUUAUUAAAAACAGAAUAAAAAAAAAUGUUUUGUUUUGUUUUGUUGUUUUGUUCCAGUUUUCCACAAGAAAAGCUUUGAAAAAACAUUCCACUGUUCUCAAAUAUCUUCAUUUUUAUUUUUCUAUACAAAAUAAGAUUAGAAAAUACAUGAAGAAUAAAAAUCAGUAAUAAAUAAAUACAAUAAUAAUAAUAAUAAAACAGCAAAGAAGAAUAACUUAACAAACCAUAUAUAGUUGGUGGGUAGAGAAAGUAUUUUUUUUUCCGAUUCAAAUGAACAUUAUUAACAGUUAUUUAACCUUUAACAAGAACAUUAAUGAAACUUAAUCAUUUGACCCAAUUAGCAAGUUAGCAUUUUAAUGUUUGGGUUGGUUGGUUGGCUCAACUGGUAGCACUGCAGCCUCUUGGUGCAGGGGGUCAAGGUUCAAUCCUAUUUCUCAGGGUGAGCAUGUAUUGCAAUCAUCACAUCUGUUAUAACAGCAUAGCUGUUUGCUGUCUAGUUAGCUCAACUGGUAGCACCGCAGAUUCCGGGUGCAGGGAAUCGGGGUUAAAUACCUGAUGUGGGCAAGUGUAGUCGAUGGUAAUUUUGCUAGUUCACUAGGUCUAGCACCGAUCAUCACCUCCAUUAUAACAUUGUGGUCUUUGUGAGCUGGUUAGCUCAACUGCUAGCACCGCAGAUUCAUGGUGCAGAGGUACAAGGUUCAAUACCUGCUCAGGCUGACUGUAGGUGUUGCUCUUUUUAACAGUUCUCCAGGUCCGGCACCUAUCAUAGUCAUCACCUCCGUUAUAACAUCAUGAAUGUUUGCCAGCUGGCUAACUCCACUGGUAGCACCGCGGGUUUAAGGUGCAGGGGACUGGGGUUCAAAUCCCGGUCAAGGUCGCAAAACAAAUAAUGUUUACGUUGCCUUCACAGUUGGUGAUCAAUGAGGCACUUAAAAAUAGGGAAUAAAGCUAGGCCUGGAGGAUUCCUGGACGACUUGAAAUUAUGCCACCGAGGAGAUGCCGAAGAGGAGGAGACGACGAUGAAAGACUCCGCCCCCAUAAUAACAGUGCUAGGGAAAGAAUGUGCCUCAGAGAUCUGUCCCACUGGAAAAGGUCAACAUAAAAUAAGUAGGAGGGGUAGAGGUGAUGGCGGAGGGGGUGGUGGCGAAAAAAGGGGCUGGCGGAUAGAGGGAUGGAUUAGGCAGCUGGCGUUUUUAAAAAAAAAUUUCAUCAAAAUUUUUCUUUCUUAAAUCCCUGGUCGGGAUUUGAACCAAGAGCCCCCGCACCAUAAUCUGCGAUGCUACUAGGUGAGCUAUGAGGCUCAUAAACACCAUGAUGUUGUAACGGAGGUGAUGACUACGAUAGGUGCUGGACUUGGAGAACUGUUAAAACGAACAACACCUACAGUUAGCCUUACCGGGUAUUGAACCUUGAUCCUCUGCACCAUGAAUCUGCAGUGCUACCAGUUGAGCUAACCAGCUCACAAACACCAAAUGUCUUACUUUUCACCAAACUAACAAAUCUAACAUUAAACUUUCAUAUCAAGACAGGCUGCAUUUGGCCGCGAGUUUGAGACCCCUGAUCUAAUACAUAAAACUUUUAAUAUGAUUGAUGGUAAUGAAAAUGAAAAACAAAUCAUCCCUUAACUUGGACUACAGUGAAACUUUGUGAUUUUCUUAGUAUUUCUAACAUGUAAUUAAAAUUGUAUCAUAAAAUCUAUAUCUAUUUUUGUAUUUUAUAUAAUUUUUUUAAUACAUUUUUAGACAUAUUAUAUUCACUAAAAUUCUAUAAGUGAUGUAUGUAUUAUUUCCACAAAUACAUGAAUAGGUAUAUAUUUUCUUGACCUCUGAUAGACUGCAUUUGUUGUAAUAAAUAAGAAAAAAAGCCUUGAGUAUUGUCAUCUUUCAGUUUUAAUCCCAUCAAAGCAGGUGAAGAAAAUGAUGCCAUUUUUCCAACUUCUAAAAUCAAGUCUGUCAAGCACUAAAAGCCCCCGUUUGGGUCCUAGAGCAGCACGCAAGGCUUCUUGCUGAUGACAGGCUCGGGGUUGAGAAACGCCCUGACGGCUUCAGUGAACACGUCCUUAAUGCCGUCCUGGUUGAGGGCGGAGCAUUCCAGGUAGCGGACGGCGUGAAUCUGCCGGGCGAGGGCGGAGCCCUGGUGAUGAGUGAUGGGCGUCUGGUUCUGCUCCUUCAGCUUUCUCUGGAUCUCGGCGUCGUUUCGGAGGUCGCUCUUGGUGCCCACCAAGAGGAUGGGGAUGCCGGGGCAGUGAUGUGACACCUGCAGGGGGGGACGAGGAGGAGGCACGUGAUAAUGUAAGAAAAACACAACCGUGACAUGUCAAUCAAACAUAGACAUGUCCCUUUUCUUGCUACAUAAUCUGACCUCAGGAUGCCAUUUGUGUUUGACAUUCUCGUAGGAGGCGGGGCUUGAGAUGGAGAAGCAGAUGAUGAAAACGUUGGUUUGAGGGUAUGACAGCGUCCUCAGCCGGUCGUACUCCUCUUGGCCCGCCGUGUCCCACAGGUUUAGACUGAUGAUUCUGUUGUCCACUGUUAUCUGAACACACACACACACACACACACAGGAAUAUAACAUAACAUAACAUAACAUAAGGUGGCCAGAAAUAUUUCAAUAUUGAACAAAGCAAAAUUUGUUCUCAAUCAGAAAUCACUACACACUCUUUAUUGCUCUCUGGUUCUACCAUAUCUUACUUAUUGUGUGGAAAUAUGGGCUAAUUAAUAACUAUAAAAGCAGUCUUCACUCGCUAAAUGUACUGCAAAAAAGGUCAGUAAGGAUAAUUCAUAAUGCCGCCUUCAGAGAACAUACUAACUCCUUAUUUCUAAAAUCACAAAUACUUUAACUUGCUGAUAUAGUUCAUCUUCAAACAGCUAAAAUAAUACAUAAGGCUAAAAAAUAACCAAUUAGCUAAAAAUGUCAUCAAAAAUAAAAUAAAAAUAUAUAAAAAAAAUAAAAAGAAAAAUAAUAACAAUUUAACAACAAUAAAAAUAAAAAAAAACUUAAACUAUAUUAUGAAAGCAGGAAGUGAACAAAUGUAACAGUUACUGAUUGUAAAAGUACCAGAUGGAGGGGUAGGAUUUAAUAAGCUUUGCUUCUUCCUACUCCUUUCGGACAUGUGGAACUGGGAACUGAUUACGUGAUGCAUUCAAUUGUAAUCUGAUGCAUGUUCAAAUGAAAUUAAAACCAUUACCAUUACCAAAAUGUAUGCCGGAGCCCAGCAGUUUGCUCCUUAUGUCACUACAACAUCGGUUCUGCAGGUGCCGUGUUGUGCAAAUAUACUUGGUGAAAGGGAGCUAAAAAUUUCUCAUGCACUCCAAAUCAUUAUUGAAGUUAAUUUAGUCUUCCAUAUUGACACACUGGCACACACCUGGCUGCUGUAGUUGUCGAACACGGUGGGGAUGUACUCUUUGGGAAAGGCUCCGGUGGUGUAGGAAAUGAGGAGGCAAGUCUUUCCCACGGCGCCGUCGCCUACAACCACACACUUUAUGGUUUGCAUGAUGACCUUUGACUCCUUCAGAAACCUGUAACACACACACACACACAACCUUCCUGUGGGGACUUGUCCAACAAGCGUAGUUCAGUAGCCUGCUUCAUUUGAAUUAUGAGAGUGUCGUUUUGGUUUCACACAAGAAGACGACUCGUCUCCGUCUGUUUACCUUCCGCCUGAUUGGAUUGGAUUAAUUCUUCAGAGACUUAUUACGUCCCAUCGUCCGGCCCCUGAGAGGAGGGAGAAUAGAUCCUUGUCAUUUUUCAUUUGCUGCUUAAAGUGAAUUAUUCAUUCAUUCAUUCAUUCAUUUUCUACCGCUUUUUCCGCACGAGCGUCGCAGGGGUGCUGGAGCCUAUCCCAGCUGUCUUCAGGCGAGAGGCGGGGUACACCCUGGACUGGUGGCCAGCCAAUCACAGGGCACAUAUAUACAAACAACCAUUCACACUCACAUUCAUACCUAUGGACAAUUUGGAGUCGCUAAUUAACCUAGCAUGUUUUUGGAAUGUGGGAGGAAACCGGAGUACCCGGAGAAAACCCACGCAUGCACAGGGAGAACAUGCAAACUCUACACAGAGAUGGCCGAGGGUGGAAUUGAACCCUGGUCUCCUAGCUGUGAGGUCUGUGUGCUAACCACUCGACCACUGUGCUAAAAAACAUGCUAACAUCUGCAAUGUGCCACCUUGUUGUGUCAAAGGUGAAGGGUUUUGGAAAGAUGAAUACUAGGUAGGACUGUGCAUAAGAGGCAGAAAUUGGAUCCGGGUCUCCUAGUUGUGAGGUCUGCACGCUAACCACUCGAAAAAUAAUCACCCAAUCAUACCCACACUCUUUUAUUAUUAUGAUCAUUUUUGGUUGUGUGUGUGUAUACUUUGCAUAAAAAGAAGAAAAAAAAAAAGUGAUCCUAUGCUUCCAGCGGACUCGGUGCCAAAGAAUGAAAUACAAACUGUGAGAAUGCGGCUCAGCCCAGACUCCGGGGAUGUGACCCCACCCUCGCCUGGCUUUCUCUCACUCUGGGUGGAGGUCUGAGGAUCUUACUCCUGCUGCAAGCCUGACUUAACCUCCCAUGUUGUCCCACUUUACUAUGAAAAUAUAUACAAUGAUCGAACAUGAUUUAGUAUACUUGUGUGUGUGUGACACACAUUGAUGUGACAUGUACGUAACUGCCUCCUCAGCUUUGUGAGAGAAGACACUAGAACCUCCAAGCGGACUCCACCCUGCUGGAGUAGCUUCAUCAAUGAGGCUGCCAAAAUGCCUUCCCGCCCCCGCUGCUAAGGCCCCCCCACCCCCCAAGAAUCUAGUAAUGCACAAGUUAUGUGCUCAAAGUAAAUCCACCCAGUCCGUUUGUACAACAUUGCUAACCAAAACAGCAGCACCUACAGAGUAACUUACAUAGACUCUUAAGAAUGAACUUAAUGUUUCCUCCACAGCAUAAAGGAUGCUCUUGAGGUCAUCAUCUCUUUUGGUACGUCUUGUUGUUGAAAGUAGGCCGCUAACAUACGAGCGGAAGCAUACGUUUCAGCCUCUUCACAAAUGUAGUGAUAUACUAUCUCGAUGCCUCAUACAUUUGGUAAUGGUAAUGAUUUUAUUUCAUUUGAACAUGCAUCAGAUUACAAUUGAAUGCAUCACA